AUGAGACGCUCUUUGGGCCUUUCGUCUGCUUUCGGCGGCCGAGCUCACGGCCUGCAGCCGUUCACUUGGCAUGGCAUCGUGCGCACAGCGGAGCCUUCGGAGAUGGGCUACGAGCGGUUGCUCUUGCCUGGCACCUUGGAUGCCCCGACGCGCCGAUCCUUGCGCUCGUUGGCUGCAGCGGCUGGGCUGCGCUACGAGACCUUCGGGCCCAAAGCCUGCCGCCGUGUUCUGCUGGCCCUACAGGCCGAGUGCAGCUGCUGCGUGAACGCGCUCUCCUACCAAGCAACCGACUCCCUCUCGACAGCGCAGCUCCGGGAAGCGCUCCAGAAAGUCUUCAGCUUCAGCCCUUUGUCGGACGACGACAUAACGUGA